AUGCUUGAUAUACAAGAGACAAAGGUCGAAGGGCUCGAGGAGACCGAGAGCAUGGUGGUAGAUUUGUUCACGGACCAGAAACUUGGUCCACACAAGAUAGGCGAGAUCUGCUACCACACACCAUGUAUGGCACGGGGCUAUUACAAGCGGCCCAAGGAAUCUGUCGAGCUUUUUGAUGAAGAGGGUUGGUGCAAGUCAGGUGACGCUGGCUACUACGACGAAGACGGCCGGCUGUACAUCGUCGAGAGGCUGAAGCAGCUCAUCAAAUGCAUGGAUAAUCAGGUGGCUCCUAUGGAACUGGAAGAACUGCUCUUACGGGAACAAUCGGCUGACAUAGCCGAGGUGUCCGUGGUUGGCCUUCCCCAUUCCGACUACGGAGAGGCUCCGGCGGCUGCCAUUGUGCUCACGCAAGAAGGUCGUGCGAAGAAUCCCGAGCUCCUCGCUACGAGUAUCAAGGCUACCGUGGAAAGCCAUCUCGCCGUGCACAAGCACCUCCAUGGUGGUGUCUUCUUUGUGGAUUCCCUGCCAAAAACUGACACUGCGAAAGUCAAAAGACAUGAGCUGGCGCGCUUUCUCGCGCAAGCCUAGAUGCAGAUAAGCUGGCGCAGGUUUGGCCAUGUCGUGAGAUACAGCCAACUCGCGGGGCUUAUUAACAAUUAUCACUGAGGGCAGUUGGCGUACCUAUUUUAUGGGUCACUUUUGUUAUUUA